GCUUCCUGUUAAGGCUCCAGGUUACCAAGAAAGGGGGUUUGCCGCGUGCGCGCGGUGGAAAAAUAAGACUACAAUUCUCUCAUGUUUCUUAGCUAGUUUGUAAGUUAGUGCAGGGGGGAAAUGUAUACUUUUAACCAACUUCUUUUGGAGUAUCCGCAAUUAAUGUACGGUGGAGUGGGAGCAACAGCUUUCGUUGCAGGAGGAACUCUGAUUUACAAAAUCGCGACCAGGAAGAAGCCCACCCAUGUCAAUGUCAACUGCUGGUUCUGUGACCAGGACACAGUUGUGCCGUAUGGCAACAGGAACUGUUGGGAUUGCCCAACCUGUGACCAGUACAAUGGCUUUCAGGAGAACGGAGAUUACAACAAGCCCAUUCCGGCUCAGUACAUGGAGCAUUUAAACCACGGAGUGUCGGCUGGACUUCCCUCAGGAUUGGCCGAGGCGCCCAAGACUUUACAAUGGGUCAACUGUCAGAUGCUGCUAUGCAAGAAGUGCAACAACAACCAGUCUCUUAAAAUCAAGCAGUUAGCCUCUUUCAUCCCCCGGGAAGAUGAAAACUAUGAUGAGGAGAUUGAGGUGUACAAGCACCAUCUUGAGCAGACGUAUAAACUGUGUCGUCCAUGUCAGACGGCGGUGGAGUAUUACAUUAAACACCAGAACAGGCAGCUAAGGGGAGUGGUCUUCAACCACCAGCUACAGCGCAGCAGAGACUCAGACAAAGCAUUUGUCAGGAACUCCUACUCCCUCUCCACCCCCGCGGGCGUGACUCUCCUCCGCAUACUGGCCUUCCUGACCUGCGCCUUCCUGGUCGUAGCGACGGUGCACGGACCCGGAGACUCCCUCGCCCCGCCCUCCUCUCCUCAGACCCUCAGCGGGGGGGUGGUUCCCCCGAAACCAUCCCCCUUGCCCUCCAACGCCUCCGCCCCCCAGAACGGGAGCGUGGAGGCGGUGGGGCAGGCGGUGGGGCAGGCAGUGGGGCAGGCGGUGCGAGCCCUUCUGGACCUCCUGCCCUCCGAGGCCCUGGUGCGGGCCGAGCGGGCCUGGCUGUACGGGAGGAGCCACCAGAUGGCUGUGGCCUCCGUGGGUCUGUUGGCGUGCGUCAGUGGAGUCUUCCUAGCAGGGUCUGUAAGGCUGAGGCGUAUCGACGCACUGUCUUCCGUGCUGUGGUUCCUGGUGUGGUGCCUGUACCUGGCAGAGCAGCACCUGAGAGCCCAUGGCUCUGGUUGGCUGGACGCGGCCCACCUCUGCGCCGCCUCCCUCUGCUGCCUGGUCGGCCUGGCUGCUGCCGUGCCAACCCGCAAGUCCACCGGCCCCAGACGAGCCAGAGGUCGAAGGUACCUAUCAGGCGGUUCCCCGGGCCAUCUCUACGGCCUGGGCCCUUCCCCCUUCGUGUCCCCGGUGUCCCCUGCCUUCUUCGUCCCCACGCCGCCACCCAACCUCUCCCGGCUGAUCAUCCGGCAGCAGGGCUCCAGGGAGCGCAGGGCCUCGCCCUCGUCUCUCCCCGGACGGCUCAACCGGGCGCUGUUCCUCGGGACCAUCCCCUCCCUCGCCAGGACUGACUCAGGAUACCUGUUCAGUGGCAGCAGGCCUCCGUCACAAUGCAAAGACUCCCCGCCAUCAGACUACUUCUCCCUGAAGUCUGGCAGCCGCCCAUCAUCCCCGGGCCCCUCCCCCGGCCCCUCCCCCGCGCCCUCAUUGGCCAGCUCCGUCACAUCCAGCUCUAGUUCCACCUGGAGGCGCCGCCCCCUCAUCAGCCCCGCCCGUCUCAACAUCAGCGGCCAGAAGCUCCGCCUCUUCUCUCACGACCCGGAGCCCCUGGCCCCGCCUGUCUUCCACACCCCGCCCACUUCCUUCCACAGUGGCGGUUUCUCGCCGGACGUGUCUCCUUUCCACAGUCAGAACGACCUGAGCAGUCUCCUGAGGGAGGCCAGUGUGCUGGAGGAGCCCCACCAGAGGGGAAGCUCCUCCGGGUCGUCAGCCUGCCUGGUGGACACCACCACCGGGGCCGACCCCGACGGCACCACCACCUCCAAGGGUUGGCUGAGUCGUGUGUUGUGGCCAGGACUCCUGGUGGUAAGCCUGGGUGUGAACCUGUUCUUCUCUUCCCUCUACCUGUACCGCAACUGGAGCUGAGCCCUCACCUACUGCCAUCGCUGCCUGCUCAACUUCCACUGUCUUUUCACAAGGGGAACUGGGUUAGCCACCAGGGGGUCCUCAACCCUUGUGACACGCUGCAAGACAGGGGUCCUUCAGAGCCCCUGUUUUAGUCAGCUUACACUGUCUUUUCACACUGGCACUGAGUUAGCCACCCGUGGGCCUCUACCCCUGUAACAAGACAGGGGUCCUUCAAAGCUCUGUGUGUGAGAGGGGGAUCAUGUCACCUCUCUGGGUUGUGAAUGUUUCCCCCUCAGCCAGGGCAUAGGAGAGAGGCUGACAUGAAUUUUUAAUCAUUUCUGUUUGUUCAUAAUUAAGCAGAGAUGGGAAAGGGAUUCUUUUUGCCUUGUUGGAGGGGAAAAACAUAUGGAAUAAUUUAAGAGGGAUUCUUUGGAAGAGUCGGGACUGUUGAUCAUAUAUAACUUUGGUGUCAUUUCCCUCAAAUGUGACCUGGCUUUGUAAUGCCAUAUUUAUGGUAGUUCUCGCUGAUAAUUUUCAAUACCUGACUCCUUUAACUAAAUAAGCAUGUGUAAUGUUAGUGUAAAAAAAGAAGACAUUGUUUGCUUUGGGUUUCUGGUCUUUGUGUUGUCAUGCUGUAAACUAGACAGAGAUGUCAUGUUCAAACUAAAACUGCAUUAAUUCUUUUUAAGAUCAAAAUCUCUGAUUAACUGGACUUCUAGAACUACCAUCUAUAAAAAAAAAAACUGUGUCCCAGCCUUCCAUUCAGUGGCAGUGUUUCAAGAAGAGCAAAUAGUUUUUAUUUCCAACAGUGGCAAUAUUGCAGUUUAUUCAACUUCUAUCACUACCAGUCAGUUUCGGAUGGACUUGAUCCACACAACCAUAAAUCCAUGCAUCCACCCUCUAAUCCAGUAACCUCUCUGAAUGGAUUGGUGGAGGUGUGUUGACGUGGAAACAUGAUUUGAAGACAUUGUGCGUGUACGACUGUAAACACUAGGCAUUGUUUGUGCUGGCCUUCCUCUAGCGUGUCAGGUCAUCACUUUGGUCUUAGGGGUAAAGGUAUUGUACAGGUCUGUUAUUUCAACAACCUAUUGAACCUUUAUUUCAUGUCUGUGAGAGUGAGAGAUGUGUUUGAUGUGUUGAGAUGAGAGUUUGUGUUCUGGACUUUGGACUCAAAUUGUUCUCAUCCGUGGCGUGAAACGUAAAACACAGGUGUUCAUCUGUUACAAGACUUGUAUAUAUUCUUUUUUUUGUUUUUUGUCUGAAAACAAUUAGGGUUAUUUAUUAAAAGAUUGUGUAAUCAGUAUGCUUUUUCACCCUUCUGGCUGAAGUGACAGGAUUGAGUCAGUCCUUGUAAUUAGGCUAACAAUCAGCCUCAUUCUGAUUGGAUAAUGUUACUAUUUGUAUAGUAUGGGCGGAAACACAAACAUUGUACAUUUUUGGUUGUUGUCCUCUUGGUUUGUGAAGAAGCACGAUUGUCGGUUUAGAAUCUUGCUCUGUAACUAACAUGUUCUGUUCAUUGAAAGAAACACUAUCGAAAAAACACUAAUUAUCCACCAGUCACCAGUCACUUCAUCACCUUCAGUAUUUGAACCAUGACAGUUUUGAUGAAUGCAUACCAUUUCUGUACUCAACUAAAUCAUUUUUCUACAAAGCCA